AUGAGAAAAAGCAUUACAGAUAAUCUUGAUUUGAAUGUUUUCUGGUAUAUUGGUACAAAAGUAAUAACAAAUGGUGGACGAUAUCGAUAUUGGCGCAAAGGUUUCGAUUGUUGUUUGGAAAUAUUUGACUGUGAUAUAUCAGAUUCGGGCGAUAUUAUAUGCGUUGUAGAAGUAACAAAUUCAAUUGCUUCUGAUAUUAGUGUAUUGCAUGUCAAUGAUGAUGAUUUAGCUGGAAUUGAACCAAAAUUUUUUCAAAUUUGA